UGACCUAGCCCACCAAAUCCACAACUUAAUUCCCCAACUACCCCUCUCUCUGUGUUCGGCCGUCUCUUUUUCUUCUCCCGGUGCGCACCGCAUCCCCUCCCGCAUCUCGCUUGCAUCGCCACCGCUUGACUCCCCUCCUCCCUCCACCGACGGCCGGCGCCGGAUCUCCUUCCUCCGCCGCCAGCGCCGGCUCUGCUUCUCAUCUCCUCCCUCCGGCGCCGGCAGCUGUGGUUGCCGGCUCGCGCGGCGACCGGCAGCUGUGGAUGGCAGGAAUCCAUCCGAGAGAUCAGCGUUUCGUCUUCAACGCGAGGCAGUUGGACGACAACCAAAGCUUGGCCGAUUGCAACAUUACCCAUAAUUCCACGAUACACUUCGUAUUCGGCAUUCCCUGCUUUUACGCUACCCCGGCAUACGAACAGUUCAACCGCCUUCCCCGGUCAGAGAGCUCGGAUUCGAGUUCGACGAGCAAAGGAGACAGGUCGGAUUCGAGUUCGACGAGCAAAAGAGACAUCGCCCCGGCAAAUGUCAAAACAGUGCACUGCCCAGAUUGCCAGGUCCAAGCUAACGUGUACUACUGCAACACCAAGGAGGAUAACGAAGGCUGUGUGUUCUACAGGUGCCCUUAUUUCUCGGCUGGUGGCUGCCAGUUCGUCCAGUGCGCAGACACGGUUGAUGAAGGACUGCAGAAACGAGUGGAACAUGCUACUCAGGAAACAUCGUGUCCCCAAGGGAAUAACAUGUCGCUAAUGGAGGAGAGGCUGCAGAGGAUUCUUGACCAUAUGAAGUGGAUGGAACAGUUCUUGAUUGUGUGCAUCAUCGCUCUAGCGUAUGUUGUAUUUGUCAAGUAGUUUAGGUAGAGUAUCAAUUAGUGUGUAAUGAAUGGUCAAUAAUGACGCACUUCUGAACCUUGAAAUCGAUCCACAAUUAGGUUGAAGUACACAGUAUGCUCGAAUAUCUAUUACAUAAUUUACAUGUAACAUGUUCACAUAGCGUCAUGUUUCACUGCAGGCCCAA